CAGAGGCCCCAAGGCAGAACUUACUGGCUUCCACUCCCUGGGCUUGCUGCAUCAGCAUUGUCUAGAAGGCUUGUUGGAAAUAUGAACACUUGGGUUUGACCCACACCCACUAAAUCAAAUCAUCUAGGGGGUGAGACUCAGGUAUCUAUUUUCCAUGAGCAGCUCAAUAAUAACCAGAGGCUGGGUUUGGGAGCCAGAGUACCAGUUCCUCAUCCUCUUGGAGAGGGACUGAAGUGCCUCCUGCCUGAGGGAAUUGGGCCCCAGCCACUUCCUGGAGCAUAUCAAACUCCACCUCCAGCCCCAGCAGGCCACCCAACUCCGAGUCCUAGAGUCCUGUGAGCAGCCAGCUCCACCCUCCCCACCUUGGUGUUACCGUCAGACCUGAGCUAGCAGUGAGUGGAGCCAGAGGAGAACAGAGUGGCUCUGGAAAGCAGGCAGGGCUUCCUGCUGAGAACUGGGCUGGCUGGCCAUGCUCUGGGCGCUCUGGCCAAGGUGGCUGGCAGGCAAGGGGCUGCCCCUCCUGGGGGCAGUGCUGCUGCGGAAGAGAGACAAGAGGGGACCUCAGUGGAGGCAAUGGAGGCGGGAAACCCACCCCUACUAUGACCUCCAGGUGAAGGUGCUGAGGGCCAGAAAUAUCCAGGGCACAGAUCUCUUGUCCAAAGCUGACUGCUACGUGGAACUGCGCCUGCCCACUGCGUCCCCUAGCCCUGCCCAGACAAGGAUGGUGGCUAACUGCAGUGACCCUGAGUGGAACGAGACCUUCCACUACCAGAUCCAUGGUGCUGUGAAGAAUGUCCUGGAGCUCACCCUCUGUGAUAAGGACAUCCUGGGCAGUGACCAGCUCUCCCUGCUACUCUUUGAUCUGAGGAGCCUCAAGCCUGGCCAACCCUACAGACACAUCUUCCCACUCAACCACCAGGAUUCACAGGAGCUGCAGGUGGAAUUUGUUCUGGAGAACAGCCAGGUGCCUGCGUCUGAAGUCAUCACCAAUGGAGUCCUGGUGGCUCAGCCCUGUCUGAGAAUCCAGGGGACCCUCAGGGAAGACGGGACAGCCCCACAUCGAGAGUAUGGUUCUAGGCAGAUUCAGCUGACAGUGCCCGGGGCCUACGAGAAGCCACAGUUCUUGCCCCUGCAACCUCCCAUGGAGGGAGACCUCCCAGCUACCUUCACCUUUCACGUGAACCCCGUGAUCAGCUCCAGGCUGGAUGUGGAGCUGGGGGAGAGGCUCACAGUCCUACAAAGUGGUCCAAGUGCUGAGCUGGAGGCCCACACCAACAAGCUGGGUGAGGGGGGUAUCCUGCUCUCCUCUCUGGCCCUAGGCCAAGAGGAACAGCGCUUUGUGGCCCUAGGGGAGGGCCAGGAGGUGGUUCUGAGUAUGAAGGCAGAAAUGAGCUCUGGAGACCUUGACCUGCGUCUUGGUUUUGGCCUGUGUGAUGGGGAACGGGAGUUUCUGGACAAGAGGAAGCAGAUCGUGUCCAAGGCCCUGCAGCAGGUUCUGGGUUUGAGCCAGGCGCCUGACAGUGGCCAGGUGCCUGUGGUGGCUGUGCUAGGUUCGGGAGGUGGAACCCGAGCCAUGUCUUCCCUGUACGGCAGCCUGGCAGGGCUGCAGGAACUUGGCCUCCUGGACACUGUGACCUACCUGAGUGGGGUCUCUGGGUCUACCUGGUGCAUCUCCACACUCUACAAGGACCCAGCCUGGUCCCAGGUGGCCUUGCAGGGCCCCAUUGAGCAUGCCCAGGCUCGGGUCUGCAGCAGUAAGAUGGGGGCGAUGUCCACGGAGCGCCUACAAUACUAUGCCCAGGAACUGGGGAGCCUGGAAAGCACUGGCCACAGAGUUUCCCUCAUCGACAUCUGGGGUCUCCUCAUUGAAUAUUUCCUCUACCAGGAGAAAAACCCUGCCAAGCUGUCUGACCAGCAGGAGGCCGUCAACCAGGGCCAGAACCCUUAUCCUAUCUACGCCAGCAUCAAUGUCCACACCAACAUCAGCGGGGAAGACUUCGCAGAAUGGUGCGAGUUCACACCCUAUGAGGUCGGCUUCCCCAAGUACGGGGCUUAUGUUCCCACUGAGCUCUUUGGCUCUGAGUUCUUCAUGGGGCAUCUGCUGCAGCCCCAGCCCGAGCCCCGGAUCUGCUACCUGCAGGGUGUGUGGGGCAGCGCCUUUGCAGCCAGCCUGGAUGAGAUCUUCCUGAAGACUGCCGGCUCGGGCCUCAGCUUCCUAGACUGCCACAGAGGGAGUGUAAACAUCACAGAUGACUGCCAGAAGCUCCAGCUGCACGAUCCCACACGUCUGAGGACCAGGCUCUUCACCCACCAGGGGCCCUUCUCCCAGGCCGUGCUGGACAUCUUUACCUCCCGCUUUACCUUCGCGGAGAACUGUAAUUUCACCAGGGGCCUCUGCCUGCACAAAGACUAUGUGGCUGGCCGGGAGUUCAUGGCCUGGAAAGAUACGCACCCUGACGCCUUCCCCAACCAGCUCACUCCCAUGCGGGACUGCCUGUGCCUGGUGGAUGGGGGCUUUGCCAUCAACUCUCCGUUCCCACUCAGCCUGCUGCCCCAGAGAGCGGUGGACCUCAUUCUGUCCUUUGACUACUCCCUGGAGGCCCCUUUCGAGGUCUUACAGAUGACAGAGAAGUACUGCCUGGACCGAGGCAUCCCCUUCCCAAGUAUCGAGGUGCUCCCUGAGGACUUGGAGGAACCCCGUGAGUGCUACCUGUUCGCCAAGGCCAAGGACCCCCGCUCUCCCAUCGUGCUGCACUUUCCCCUCGUCAACCGUACCUUCUGCACACACCUGGCCCCAGGUGUGGAGCGACAAACAGCCGAGGAGAAGGCCUACGGGGACUUUGUGGUCAAUGGGGCAGACACUCCAUAUGGCAUGAUGAACUUCACCUAUGAGCCUGAGGAGUUUGAGCGGCUGGUGGCUCUGAGUCGAUACAAUGUUCUGAACAAUGUGGAGACUUUGCGGCAUGCGCUCCGGCUGGCUCUGGAGCGAAGGCAGGCUGGGAGCAGGGCUGGAGGCUGAGUCAGGCUGGAGUCAGAGGGCUGUGAGAGGGGAGCAACUGUGGGCCCCAGACCGGGGCUUGGUACAGGGAGGAGUGGUAGACUCUGUGGGGUUUCUUCUUACCAGGUUACAGGACUGGCUCUAGGUCCUUCAGGCCUCAGAAAGCUCCUGCAGAACGGCAGCUUGGCUUUGGGGCUGCACCCUUCUCAUAUGUGUUUCUGGGAGACAAAGGGGGGGGGAUGUCUCCCCCAGGGGCCUUGGGGAGGAGGAGGGCACGAGUGAGCAGUGCUAAUUUUACACUGGAGUAUAGAGGGAUGAGGCCACAAUCUAGCCCCAGGGCAUGGCCCAAACCCAGAAGGACCUUAGGGGGCCCAGGUCUUCAGACCCUCACCAAGACUGGAAGCUGUGAAAGCAGGUUAAGCUGAGACCAAAAGCAGAGACUCCUCCGUCUAAUCCACACUUCCUGCAAAUGGCCGGGCUCCUGGAUGCAGUGCUCAGUGCUAUCAAGAAUAAAGGGAGACCUCAUGGA